UAAUGUGUUUCGUUGAGGUCGGUUGUUCGACAGCUCACAAAGUUCGGUGUUCGUGAUUGUUUAGAAAUCUAUUUGUAUGAAAAUCAUAAAAGAAAUAUUUCAAAGGCAUGAAUAGUUAGUUCGGGAAAAAAGAAACCAGAAAGAAAUGGAUUUUCCAACACAGUUGUGGACGGUUUUUAUGGUUCUUCUUUCUACACAAGUUUCUUUCUCCCUUAAGAUCUUAUCUUUCGACGUUCCUCAAACUGCACUACGAGGCCAAGAAGUUCGCCUGACUUGUUCUUAUGACCUAGAGGGAGAAAAACUUUAUUCUGUGAAGUGGUAUCGAGAUGAUAUGGAGUUUUUCAGAUUUGUCCCACGAGAUGAGCCUCAACAACUUUACUUUCCUCUUGAAGGGAUAGAAGUCGAUUUUUCAAGGUCCACGAAACAGUCCAUUUAUAUUCAGAAUGUUCAGGCAGAGACUGGAGGCAAAUUUCGUUGCGAAGUCUCAGCAGAUGCCCCCUUUUUCAAGACUGCAGCUGCAGAACAAUGGAUGUCAAUUCAAGAUACUUCUGGAUUAUCUCGGUUUUCUCUUCAAGGAAUGUUUCCAGUAGUUUUGUUCGCAGCUAUUUCCUCUAUUCUUUAUCCAGAUCUUCUCUGGUAGUAGUCUUCAUUGGAGCUCCAAACCUGUAAUGGGCGUUAAAACACAUUGAGAAAAAUGCAUGAUUCUAACAGAAAAAGAAAUGAGACAUAAAAAUGGCGCAAAAACAAAAACAUUGUGGAAGAAGAACAUAGUUUAGUUGAAUUGGAUAUCUACUUAACAUCACAUUUUAAAAGCCAGAGUCCAAACCAUUUUUCGCUAGCUUCAUGAACCAAACGUUUUAUUUUCGGUUAUAAAACCUCUGGACUGUCACUGAAUCGAAUUACAGGGAUAUGAACUUUUGAACGGUAUUAUUAUCGACUGACAUUCAUGUGGUAGGCUAAAAGUAACUCUAAUAUACUGAUAUUCGUGCCUCUUUUCAAUAGACCUUUAAAAUGUAUAUGUAUAUUCUGAAAACUGUACUUUCUGAUGUAUAUGUUGCUUUUUAAAUCUCUUAUCUCAGAA